AUGGACGACUACGAUGCUCUCGAGGAUUUCGACUUCGAGCAGACGCUCGGCCCCGGCCCGCUUCCGCCGUCCGCGCCCGCCUUCAGCACCGCUGUCCCCUCCUCCGCGCCCGGCGCGGCGGCAUCCGCGGAGCCGAGCGCCGGCCCGGGCGCAACCGGCGGAGCGGGCGGCGGCAAUUUCGGCUCGCGGGCCGAUGGGUUCGGCGGGGGUUCGUCGCAGCACGCGCAACCCGCGUACCAGCAGCAGCAGCAACACCAUCAAUUCCCGCAGAGUCAGCAGCAUCAGCAGCAACAGCAGCAGCAGCCGCCGCAUCAGCAGCAGGCGCACGACAUGGGAGGCGGGCACGGGGGAGGUCCGCCGCCUGCCGGUUUCCGGCGGAAUUACCGGCAGACCGUUUGCCGGCACUGGCUGCGCGGGCUGUGCAUGAAGGGGAACGACUGCGGGUUUCUGCAUCAGUACGACAAGAGCCGCAUGCCCGUUUGCCGGUACUUUGCGCGGUGGGGCGAGUGCAGGGAGCUUGACUGCGUGUACAAGCACACCAACGAAGACGUCAAGGAGUGUAACAUGUACAAGCUCGGAUUCUGCCCGAACGGCCCUGAUUGCCGGUACCGACAUAUGAAGCUGCCCGGCCCGCCCCCUCCUGUAGAGGCCCUAGCGGAAAAGUUUCAGCUGCAGCUGCAGCAGCGCCCCCCCUUCCACUUCGCGGGGGGGAUGGGAGGCGGGGGAGGGGGCAUGGGGGGAGGCAUGGGGGGAGGCAUGGGGGGUGGCAUGGGAGGUGGCAUGGGGGGUGGUAUGGGGGGAAUGGGGAUGGGGAACGGGGGACCGAUGGGGGGAGGCAACAAACCUGUGCGGUUCUUUUCUGGGCCUGGCGGGAUGGAGCAGCAGGGGGGCGGGGGGAUGGGCGCACAUGGCGGGGGCGGAAUGGGGGUAGGGGGAGGCAUGGGCGGAGGCAUGGGGGGAGGAACGGGGCAAGGGGGAAUGGGACCAGGGGGGAACAUGGGGCCUGGGGGAGGAGCAGGUGGGGGUAUGGGCGGAGGCGGGGGAGGUGGGAUUGGGGGAGGAGGGGAGAUGGGGCAAGGGGGGCAAAUGGGACAAGCAGGCGGGGGAGCAGGGCCUGCUGGGGGGAUGGGCGCAGACGGAGGGGGGAUGGGGCCAGGCGGAGGGGGAAUGGGGCAAAGCGGAGGGGGAAUGGGGGCGGGCGGAGGGGCAGGGGGGGCAGCUGUGAAUCAGCAAGCGCAGCAAACAGGGCAGCAGGGACAGGGGGGGCAGGCGCAGCAGGGGGGGCAGCAGCAGCAAGGGGGAGGAGGGAUGCAAGGGGUGAGUAGGGCCACGGGCGAAGGGGGAGAAGUGGGCGCACCCACAGGGGGAGGCGGAGGCGGAGGCGGAGGGGGAGGCGGAGGGGGAGGGGGGCAGGGAGGGGUUGCCAAUGGGGUGGGGAACGGAAGGGACGGGGCAGAGGCAGGGGGUGGGAUGGGCGGUAUGGGGACUGCUGAAGGUGGUGCCACUGCUGCUACUGGUGGGGGUAGUAGUGGUGAAGGUGGUGGUGGGGGAGGAGGGGCGGCACACAUGCCAAAUCAGGCAAAUGCUCCUAAUCAGGGGCAUAUGCAGCAACAGCAAGGGAUGGCGGCUCAAGCAGGAGGCAUUGGAGGAGGGGGAGGGAUGAGUGGAGGGAUGGGUGGAGGGAUGGGGGGAGGGAUGGGGGGAGGGGGAAUGGGCGGGGGAGCAGGUGGAAUGCACGGGGAGGGGGGGAUGAUGAUGGGGGAUGCGUCAGCAGCAGGCAUGGGAGCAGCAAUGGCGCCAUCUCCGCCCAUGAGCCUCGCCAUCCCGCCACCACCCGGCACAACCAGGUACUUCAUAGUGAAGAGCAACAAUCUCGAGAACCUAGAACUGUCGGCGCAGAGGGGCAUGUGGGCGACACACCGCAACAACGAGGGGAAGCUGAAUGAGGCUUAUGAGUCGUGCGACAGUGUCAUCCUCAUCUUCUCCGUUAACGAAACCAGGCACUUCCAGGGCUGUGCACUGAUGAUGUCGCGCAUAGGAGCCGUGGUGGGGGGAGGGCCGUGGAAGUAUGCUCAGCGAAUGGGCAGCUAUGGACAGAACUUUCGCAUCCGAUGGCUCAAGCUGUGCGAGCUCUCUUUCAACAAGACCCGUCACCUGCGCAACCAGUACAACGACAACCAGCCCGUCAAGAUCAGCCGCGAUUGCCAGGAGGUGGAGCCGUCAGCAGGCGAGCAGCUCACUGCGCUGCUCUACCGCGAGCCAGACGCACCCCUCCUGGCCACGGCACGGGAAGCAGAGAAGAAGAGACUAAUGGAGCAGCAGGCUCAGGCGCAGGGGAGGGGGGGCAUGGGGGGAGGGAUGGGCGGAGGGAUGGGGGCAGGGAUGGGCGGAGGGAUGGGCGGAGGUAUGGGGGGAGGGAUGGGUGGAGGGAUGGGUGGGAUGGGGGGAAUGGGCAUGCACAUGGGCAUGGGAAUGGGAGGAAUGGGGAUGGGGGAUAUGGGGGGUAUGGGUGGUAUGGGUGGCAUGGGGGGCAUGGGGGGUAUGGGUAUGGGCAUGAAUAUGGGUGGUGGAGCUGGUGGUGCUUCUGGUGGCCGCGGCGCAGGUGCAACCUCGAGCGGAGGUUCAGGGCGAGGUUCGGCUCGAGCAGGUCCGGAUGACCAGCGUCGGAGCCUCGGCUCGGGCCAAAGCAGCGGAGGGGUGGGAGGUGAUGGCGAGAGGGGGAUAGGAGUGAGAAAGAGGGUUAUGGAUGGGGAGUCGGGGGGGAGGGAAGGUGUGGAAGCGGAGAGGAGAGCGGGAGGGAGGAGUGAGAAGGGGAGUGUGGCAGAGAGAAGGGAUCCGAGAAUGAGAAGGGGUUAG